GUCAGCAGAUACGUUAGUUUCGUCGACAUUUCUUUCUGAACGUUUCGGCAGUUAUCCAGUGAAACGAAAGAUGCCUGAAUUAACAGAGGUGCCGCAAGACACUGCACCAAUGGAAGAAGAGGCUGAGCUUGAGACUUUUGCCUUCCAGGCUGAAAUAGCCCAGCUGAUGAGUUUGAUAAUUAAUACUUUCUAUUCUAACAAAGAAAUCUUCUUGAGAGAAUUAAUUUCCAAUUCUUCUGAUGCAUUGGAUAAAAUCAGGUAUGAAAGCUUGACCGAUCCCACCAAGCUAGAGUCUGGAAAGGAUCUGUUUAUAAAACUAAUACCCAACAAGGAGGAGAGAACGAUAACUAUCAUUGAUACUGGUAUUGGUAUGACAAAAGCAGAUCUAGUCAACAAUCUGGGUACAAUUGCCAAGUCAGGAACCAAAGCUUUCAUGGAAGCAUUACAAGCUGGUGCUGAUAUUUCCAUGAUUGGUCAAUUUGGUGUGGGUUUCUACUCUGCCUACUUGGUUGCUGACAAGGUUACUGUCACUUCUAAACACAAUGAUGAUGAGCAGUACAUCUGGGAGUCGUCGGCUGGUGGAUCUUUUACUGUUAAACAAGACAUGGGUGAGCCAAUUGGAAGAGGUACCAAAAUUGUUCUAUUUCUUAAGGAAGAUCAGACAGAAUAUAUUGAGGAAAAGAGAAUGAAAGAAAUUAUCAAGAAACACAGCCAGUUUAUUGGUUACCCAAUCAGACUUCUUGUGGAAAAAGAAAGAGACAAAGAAAUUAGUGAUGAUGAAGAGGAAGAAGAGAAAGAUGAGAAAAAAGAAGAGGGAGAUGAUAAACCAAAGAUAGAGGAAUUGGGAGAGGAUGAAGAAGCAGAUAGUGAAAAGAAACCAGAAAAGAAAAAGAAAACUAUCAAAGAAAAGUACACUGAAGAUGAAGAAUUGAACAAAACAAAACCAAUUUGGACGCGAAAUCCAGAUGAUAUUAGUCAAGAAGAAUAUGGUGAAUUCUACAAGAGUCUCACCAAUGAUUGGGAGGAUCACUUAGCAGUAAAGCACUUCUCAGUUGAGGGCCAGCUUGAAUUCCGUGCAUUACUGUUUGUUCCCAAACGAGCACCAUUUGAUCUGUUUGAAAACAAAAAGAAGAAAAAUAACAUCAAGCUGUAUGUGAGGCGCGUCUUUAUCAUGGAUAAUUGUGAAGAUCUCAUUCCUGAGUACCUGAAUUUCAUCAAAGGCGUAGUUGAUUCUGAAGAUCUGCCACUGAACAUAUCUCGAGAAAUGUUGCAACAAAGUAAAAUCUUGAAAGUUAUUCGCAAAAAUAUUGUUAAGAAGUGCAUGGAAUUAUUUGCUGAUUUAGCAGAAGACAAGGACAACUUCAAGAAAUUUUAUGAGCAGUUCAGCAAGAACUUGAAACUCGGUAUCCAUGAAGAUUCUACAAACAGAAACAAGCUGGCUGACAUGAUGAGGUUUUACAGUUCUCAGUCAGGAGAUGAGCUGACAUCUUUGAAAGACUAUUGUACACGUAUGAAGGAAAACCAAACACACAUUUAUUAUAUUACUGGUGAGAGCAGAGAUCAAGUUGCUAAUUCUGCAUUUGUAGAGCGUCUUCGCAAGCGUGGUUAUGAAGUAUUGUACAUGGUGGAGCCAAUUGAUGAGUACUGUGUGCAGCAACUUAAAGAAUAUGAUGGCAAGACCCUCACAUCAGUCACUAAAGAGGGACUAGAGCUACCAGAAGAUGAGGAUGAAAAGAAAAAGGCUGAGGAGGAUAAAGCUAAAUUUGAAAACUUGUGUAAAAUCAUCAAGGAUAUUCUUGACAAAAAAGUUGAAAAGGUUGUUGUAUCCAGCAGAUUGGUGACAUCCCCGUGUUGUAUUGUGACGAGUCAAUUUGGUUGGACUGCCAACAUGGAACGUAUUAUGAAAGCACAAGCACUACGUGACAAUAGCACCAUGGGAUACAUGGCAGCAAAGAAACACCUAGAAAUUAACCCAGACCACUCGAUUAUGGAGACAUUAAGACAAAAAGCUGAUGCUGAUAAAAAUGACAAAUCAGUUAAAGAUCUGGUAAUGUUGCUGUACGAGACUGCUUUGUUGUCUUCAGGAUUCUCAUUGGAAGAGCCACAAACGCAUGCUGGACGUAUUCACAGGAUGAUCAAACUUGGACUUGGUAUUGAUGAAGAUGACGCUAUUGUAACGGAACCAGUCGCUGCUGAAGAGAUGCCACCAUUGGAAGGGGAUGACGAAGAUGCUUCAAGAAUGGAAGAAGUUGAUUAAAAUAUCUGUAGUUUUCAUAUACAAGAUGUAGUCUUACUUCUUACAGUGAUUUCAUAUUAUUCAUUUUAUGCAUUCCUAUAACGUGCAACUAUUGAAAACUCGAGUAAUGUUUACCUGUUACAUUCUGCCAAUGAAUAGGAAAUCUUGUAAAUACAGACGAUUGACCUACUUUUGACAUGAUAAAUAAGAUUGUGCCGUUAUGUAUCAGUAUUUGUUGUGCCAAGUUUUGUUAUUAAACCUCAAAAUACCUUAAUACUUGUGUGGUAGGUCAAUGGGAAUGCAAGGAUGCUUCUUAUAGACAAAGUACAUUAAACAAAUGUGUGAGCU